AUAUAUAUAGUAGGGAAAACAAACUAACAUGCGGAAGAGCGCUGAACAGCUCCAAGACCUUUGACUCCCUCGGGAAACGACAGGAAAGGCUACUUUCUCUUUCUGUCAUGCGAAUAUUCUGUAAAACGCUGUCGGAACAUGACAUCAAACAUACCAACCAGUCCCAAUUAUUGCCAGCUGGACGAAAACACAUCUGAAAACAAAAAUGCAAAAGGGCAGUAUAUAUUUUUCUUGAUUUUGACUUUAAUAUUAAGCACCGAGACGUUUAUCACAGCGUUUCUUCUUUAUGACUUCUGCGAGGAUAUUCACAGAACUCGUGAAACAGGCAGAGAUGGAGGGUAUCCAAUCCACUGUCUUUCCUCAGAUGUCACCCAACCAGCAGAUCAAGCAGGAAUCGCAAGUUGUGACUUGUUCAAUCAAGAACUGACACAAACUGCACGGCAGAGGCUGUUGCUAGACAUACAAAAUGAUGUACUGGGAACAUUAGGAGAACAUAACAUCACUGAGAUUUUCAAACCAGCUGUGCAUGUCGGGGCAAAACAAGAGCUUAAACAAUAUCAAAGGCUUCAGAAAAAUGCAGACGAAACUCCUGAGCUGGAUCGUAUCCAGUGGGACAACAUGAACGGCCAAUUCAGUCAGGAAGGGUUAAUGAGCUUGAGCCCCGAAGGGGAAAUAGUGGUGCCACACGACGGAAUUUACUUUGUUUUCUCCCAGGUUAAUUUCGAAACACAAUUAGGACAGAGUAGGCACUUUACGCAAUACUUGUACAAGAAGACAGCAUCUUAUCCACGACCAGUGAUGCUUGCAAAAGCCAUAGUGACUCCCUGUGUGAGCGUAAGGUCUGGUGUACAGCUUUAUUCCAACCACCAGGGGGCGCUGUUCCGCUUAGAAAAAGGCGACAGGCUCUCCCUGUAUGUGCUGAACAUAAGCGAUGUGCGCUUCCCUCAGGAAGCCACUUACUUUGGGGCAUUCAUGAUUAACUAAGCGAAACAGCAGCAUUUUGAUUCACUUUAUUGCUUGUUAUCCAUUCCCACGAAAAAUGUAUGUAUAUAGAGAUGAUACAUUACAGUUUGUUUUGUCCACGUCAAUGUUAAAUAAAGGUUUUUUUUUUUUUUAAGUGAAUUUAGUUUUAAUAGAUAGUUUAUUGUAAAUUAAAGCCCAUAUGUGAAUUAUA